AUCAGACCACUGUACGAGGAAGCAGAUUCCUGUCUAAGCGUAGUCUCACAGAAGUACUGGGAAACUGAACGCCACAACAUCAACGCACUUUGUUCGAGGUUCGCGUCCGGAGGGGUGAUCGAGUGACCGUGCUUCUAGAAUGCUGAAAGUGUGGAUCAUAAUCGGAGGGCUCGUAAUGGUGGUUGCUGCAAUCUUGAUUGUCCUGAUAUUCUUGUAUUGACCCAGCCAAAAAGAAAGCGCACAAUGACAUACCUCAUAAUCGGUGGGGUGGUGAUAUUGGUGGCCGCUGUUCUGAUUACUUUUCUCCUAUGGUAUAUAGAGCUUACUGGAGAGGAAUGUGCCCAACGCUGUGCUCGAAAUAACGUUCCCAGGGCUACAGUGAUAAAUCAACAAGUUGCAUUUCCUCCUGCGCCUCUCCUACAAUUCAGCAAUCAGCAGCCACCACCAUUGUACCCAUAUCACCUUCUACAAGCUCAAGCAAUUUAUCCUUCCACCGGGCCACCACCGCCUUACUCUGCAGUAAUGGAGGAUCCACCGGUACUUCCCCGCGAACAUACUGCGAGUGAGCAGAAGAUUUAUACCGCUAAAUAACAGACGCCAUAUUCCAGACGUAACAAUGAUCUCAAGUGACUGCAACGUAAACAGUUGCAAGUAUGAAGAUACCGUGCCUAUGUUCUGCAAUUGACAAUUGCAAUGGAUAAUGACCAAUGUUGCAGUAUCAGUGUUAGAACGUUUUGUAGGAUUUUGGGUUCUCACACCGGUGGUUAUGAAGAGUUCUACCUUCUGGGAUAUAAAGCAGUAUAGUUCGUUAAAAGUCAACAGAUGUUUCGGAGGAAUAUGUCCUCUCCAUUUGCUGGGUAUAAGAAUGAGCCAACCACCAAAUCAGUAUGAGCCGGGUGGCAGGCAGAGUCGAAACGUUGACUUUCAAAGGACUACAUGAUGCUAUGUCUCAGAAGAUAUAAUUUUUCGUUUGAGUGUUUUCUAUGGGAAUUGUACAUUGAAUUCAGAAUUUUAAAACACUGACAGUAAGUGUAAAUAAAAUACCAUAAUAAUAAGUUUGUGUCUGUUCAUGCGAUUGUUUAGCCUUAGAAAGCUCUCAGUGAAUUUAGUUACAUUUGAUGUUAGGUGUAUAUACCAGAAGAUGUUGGUUGAAUUCGGUGUCGGUUCAUUUCGGCCCUAAUAUAACAACAUUUUACAUGAAGCUCAAAUAUAACUUCAAUCCCCUCAAAAACAGAUCGUCAUAUAACAAUGAAGCACAUGGCAUAAACAUUUAUCUCACUGAGAUCCAAAAUUUGAUUUAAACUAUUUCCCAAUGCGCUAAAUUUUUAA